CCCAUGUGCUACACAUCUGAACCACCCACCCCGGAAUACCUUUUCAGAGAACAGACUGUGCAGAUCUUCUCCAUCAGGGUCAGGACCCCAACAGAUGGUCUCAAGUGGCCGCUGCAUGUCCAUGGCUAUGUCGCCACCAGAGACUCAAUGGAUCAUAAUCGCAACUAUCUCUUCAGGCGCACAGGGAUAACUGCCAAACCUUUACCCAGAAGGAUCCAUUCUUGCUGCUAACGGGCCCAUCCCGUGCGGUAGUGUACCUUGGUCCGAUCACAUUUGAAGUCCAGCUAAAAGUAAAGGGCGAAGGAGAGUCCGAAGAUGAGAUGCUGGCUUUUGGUGUCUUCUACUAUGGUGAUGGGAAUGCUUGUGCACGCAAGCUCUCUAUGUCUGUCCCCUACAAGCGGUGCACACUCGAGUAUGAAGUGGCGCUUCGGCCACGCUCGGUCGAGGCCACCAUCAGUAUCAAGGUCAUUGAUGGGUCAUGGCCAGAGAACCACCAUGGACAAGUCGUUGCCCUCACCUCCGGUGUGGAUGGGAAGGUCAUCCUGCUAGACGGAGAACUGCCCGUCGGUCCGGACGGCGCGAUCGAGCUCUCAAGGCGAGUUGUUUCUGUGGAUUUAAGAGAGAAACUGAUAGUUGCUGUGGAUGCUUCCCUGUCCGGUUUUCCCGCGCAAGCCACCGCCGAAUUCAUGCCGGAGAACUCUGGCAUGAGCGGCCGCAUUUGCGACCUCGGUUCCUGCAAGAUUCAAGUCACCGUUGCUUGGUCCCUCUUUGUUAUUGUUUUGUGAACAGACUCUGUUGGGUGGUGCUUGGUGGUUGCUCGACCGCUUUUGAAACACUAGAUCGUGUUGUGUAGUGUUUGGUGGUUGCUCAACCGCUGUUGAAACACUAGAUUGCGUGGGUAGUGUUUGGUGGUUGCUCGACCGCUGUUGAAACACUAGAUUGUGUGGGUAGUGUUUGGUGGUUGCUCGACCACUGUCGAAGUGUUUCGAAGCUGUCCAGCUCUGUCUGUUUAGCCGUUUUCAGUGGUAGUGUCCCUAAAGCUGUUGAACUGUUCCUGUAUU